UUUGUCCCACCCACUUCAUUAGACAAGAAGCUAACCGGAGCUCGACAACAUGAUCUCAGGACAGACUGGAGGAAACCUUUAACCGAAAGCAGGUUGCUGGUUGAGCUCUAUCAACAGAGACACAGUAAACGGCCGUCUGGGGUGAACUCAGCCUCGUAACUUUGAACGAAGUGUUUUAUUUUUUAAGCUUAGCUGCAGGCUUAGCUUGCUUGCUAACUGUCAACCUCGGCGCUUCACGUCGAGGGACCUCUCUCAGCUGAUAUCUCUUGUGCAAGAUAGAGAGCAGUUCAAGUCGUUUUUAAGGUUUCACCAUGGGGUCCAGAGCGUCCACGUUACUCAGGGAAGAAGAGAUUGAAGAAAUCAAGAAGGAAACGGGCUUCUCCCACAGCCAGAUCACCCGUCUGUACAGCCGGUUCACCAGCCUGGAUAAAGGGGAAAACGGAACCCUCAGUCGAGAAGAUUUCCAAAGGAUCCCUGAGUUGGCCAUCAAUCCUCUUGGAGACAGAAUCAUCAAUGCUUUUUUUCCUGAAGGAGAGGAUCAGGUCAAUUUUAAGGGCUUUAUGCGGACCUUGGCUCACUUCAGACCUAUUGAGGACAACGAGAAAAACAAGAACCCUCCUGCUAAUGAGCCGCUCAACAGCAGAACCAACAAGCUGCUCUUUGCUUUCCGCCUGUAUGACCUGGACAGAGAUGACAAAAUAUCCCGGGAUGAGCUGCUGCAGGUGCUCCGGAUGAUGGUUGGCGUAAACAUUUCAGAUGACCAACUUGGCAGCAUUGCCGAUAGGACCAUCCAGGAGGCCGACACCAAUGGAGAUAGCUGUAUUUCCUUCCAAGAAUUUAUGAAGGUCUUGGAAAAGGUGGACGUGGAACAGAAAAUGAGCAUCCGGUUCCUGCACUAAGUUUCUUUUUUUGUUUUGUUUCCCCACACAAUACGAGUAGAGCUUGGACUUAUCUGUUGGUGUCAAGCCACAACUUCAUCCAGUUUUUCGACGGCCCGCCUUGGGCCACAUUAAAAGUACGCACCGUUACACCAAGCAGGUAGUAGAUGUCUAUGAUCCUGACUUUCUGCCUUUGCACUGCUCUAAACAAAGGGAAAAGUUGUGUGCCUUGGGUUGUCUUAUGCAAUGUCACUUGGUAUACCUUCCUGGUAAUGCAGCAUUAUUUAUUAGAGAGGAUUUAGGGGGUCAUAGUGAGUAACACUGCUGUCCCAUGCGGCACUACUAAACUCUUUGCUAUUGAUAUGAGUAAGUUUAAUCAAAGGUUACUCAUUCUAAUCCAGUCAUAUUUAAUUCAAGCAUCUUUGUAGAAAUAAUAUGCUCAAGUUGAAAGUGUUUGAAGUCUUAAAUGUAUAAUGCCACUUCAUGAGACUGUUUUAAUGCCAACAGGAUUAUGACUCCUUCACUGCACCCUGUGGCUAAGCAGGUCAGAGUAGCCAGCUAUAAUUUAAUUUUCAGUUCCCUGAGGCAAAGAAAGUCCAGCUCCACAGAUUGUUAAUUUACUUACUAAAGUGCCAUGAUUGUGUUGCUUUCAUAUGGAUUAAACUAGUAGUUGGUAAUCAACACUAAAGUGCUAAGCUAGGAUGCUUCUUGAAAUUAAUGCCACUGUUAACAUUAAAAUGUCUCUUUCAUGUACAGUUCAGCUUGUGGAACUUCCCAGCUGACAGCCAGGUACUGAAGUCUGUAUCUGUAGUAUUCAGCUGGCACUCAGACCUGUUUUCUGAAAGGUUUUCCUCUAUAUUAGGACUUAAUUGAAGCCUGGGAACGAAUGUUGGGCUCUAUUUUGGAGUGGAUCAUCUAGUUCUGAUGACAUACAGAUAACAUCCUAUUCUUCUGUUACGUUCCUCUGUGUCAUUGUGGCUAAGAGAAAAACAAAUGGAAAACAUAUUUUAUUUCCAGAUUUAGCUCCAGAUGCAAAAGGAGAAUCCAUUGCUUUAAGAAUGAAUGAACUGCAUAGGCUCAUGUAGAUGAACCAGAGUUUAGGUGUCAGCCAUUUUAAGCUGCAUUGUGAGUUUGUAAAUCUUUGUAUUCCUUAGUGCAGGAAGAACAGCUGCUGUUUUAUCAAUCAUUAUGGAUCAGCAGUUAAAUAUGAGUUACAUAAUACGUGAUGUUUCUCUGUCAGCAUGUAAUUGAUUAUCGCAUUUGAUUUGAAUAAAAGAAGUGCCAUGC